AUGUUAACGACCAAGCUAGCCUUCCAAACAUUUGCAAGAAAAGCAGCGCAGUCCACUGCCGUCCACCGUGGCCAAGUUCAACCUCUUGUCAGCGGAUUAUGGAACAAUGCGAGCCUGACUAUCUCCACGGCCCCAGCGACUACUAACUACUCUAUUCCCACUGAACUGGCCUUGCCCAACUCGGCUGGUGUGAGAUCUUUCAGCACAGCAGCUACGAACACUGUUGGCAAGCUUGAUCCAUCAGUUGUAAACAAGAUCAAAGAAGAACUGAAGCAAGUCGAUACUAAUGAGGAUGGACACCUUGAUGCUGAUGAACUAAUGGCUCUCUUCAAGAAACACAACUCCGCUUUCAAAGAUGCAGAAAUCUUGGAGGCACGAGAUAUGUUCUACGCUGGUCAAGCUGGCGGAGGCUUGAAAUUCGACGAUUUCAUUGACAUUCUUGAAAAGGUCACCACCAAACCUCAGAACGAUCAUCCAAUUCUCAAUGGAAACUUCAGUUCCGAGUACAUCUACCGCAAAUCACAUGCCUACACCAAUGAGGAGCUCGCAAUCGAGCUAACGCAUACACCACCGGAAAACAUGAGAGACCGCAUGGCCUUGAAUGCAGUCAAAGGAGUUCGUGCGUUUUUCGACACGAUAACAGGCUGGAAUCAUAAGGCAAUGACCAAAGACAUGGUCAUGUACCGUGUAAUAUUCUUGGAGACAAUCGCUGCAGUCCCCGGUUUCAUUGCUGCCAUUACAAGACACUUCAAGAGUCUCCGAAGAAUGGAGAAGGAUGGUGGUCUUCUUCAUCUAUUUUUGGAAGAGGCCAACAAUGAGCGAAUGCACUUGUUGUCCUUCAUCAAAAUGAAGAAUCCUGGAACGCUUUUCCGCGGAUCCGUCGUCGUGUCUCAAUUUGGAUUCGGCACCGCCUUUUUGGGUACCUACAUGAUGUCACCCAAAUUCUGCCAUCGUUUCGUUGGAUACGUGGAGGAAGAAGCUUGUUCGACCUACACCAAGAUUAUCGAUGCCAUUGAGACAGCACCCGAAGACAGCGAACUUGCAAGCUGGCGAACGGAAUUGGCACCUGCUAUCGCUCUUGGAUAUUGGGAACUCGGCGAGAAUGGAACCGUCCUAGAUCUGAUGUAUGCUAUUCGAGCAGAUGAAGCGGAGCAUCGUAAUGUCAACCACGCUACCAGUGAGCUUGCACUGGGGCAAACCAAUCCCUAUAAUGACCCCGAGAUGAAGGUGUCAAUUCUCUUGCGAAAGUACGUGAGGGACAUCAUGUCACGGGAUCAGCAGUUGAGCCCAGCAUAA